AUGAUCAAAGCUUUGAAUAUAUAUAAAGAAGGAAGGAAGGAGAAGCAAGCAGGUGACCACUUACUUAAUUAUAUCUAUCCUAUCUAUCAAAUCAAUCAAACAGCGCAGCAAUCUUUUCCGUUGCAAUUAAGCUUUAUUCUCCCCUAUAUCUAUCAUUUAUUUAUUUCAACAUCACACCACAUCAUAUAUAUCAACGACAUGUCUACUCCUACAACUACUACUGACAACAACAUAAAGACACCAAAAAUGGUUAAAACAGAGACAGAGUCUGAUGAAGAAGAUGUCAAUACCAGCGUUGAGGAGGAAGAUGACCAAGACCAAGAACAAGAACAAGUAGUUUUAGAAGAAGUUAAAACCGAGUUGUUAUCAUCUGAUCAACCUCAACAACAACAACAAAAGAUUUCCUCUCCUUCUCCUUUUUCUACAUCACCAAUAACAACAACAUCAACUACUUCUACUACUACAACAACAACAUCUACUUCUACUGCCGCAACAGAUUUUAAUGAAGUAUUAAGAAAAGAUCCAUUAUUAGCAUCAACAAUGACACCAGGUAGUAGUACUAAAACAUCACCUUCAACAGCACCUGUACAACAAGCACAACGUAUUCCACCACCACACGAAGAUGACAAUAUAGGCGACCUCGACCACAACAAUGAAUUAAAUCUCAAGAGAAGCUUGGAAACCAAUGAGGAUUUCGAGCAGAGCAAAGCAAAGAAACUCAAAAACACGACUCCACAACCAUCCAAGGUCAUCCAUUUGAGAAAUCUUCCAAUCGAUUGUACUGAACACGAGAUUAUGGCCAUUGCUGCCCCUUUUGGACAGGUGGACCACAUUUUGAUUCUCAAAGGAAAGAGUCAAGGUUUUAUUCAAUUCUUGGAACUCACCUCUGCCUCUUCCUUUAUUCAAUUCUACACAACCAUUCAAGGUUGUAUAAGAGCUAAAAAUUUCUUUGUUCAAUAUUCAAAUCGUGAAGAAAUCACUUCAACUUCUGCUGUUGAAACACCAAAUAAUAUUUUACUUGUUACUAUUUCAAAUAUAGUUUAUCCAGUUACGAUUGAAGUAUUAUAUCAAUUGUUUGGUAAAUAUGGAAGUGUAUUAAAGAUUUUAAUCUUUUCAAAAAGUGGUAAUUUCCAAAGCCUUGUUCAAUUACAUUCUUUAGAAUCUGCUAUUCAAGCUAAAAGAGAAUUAGAUGGACAAAGUAUUUAUAGUGGAUGUUGUACAAUGAAAAUUCAAUAUUCAUCACUUAGUAACUUACGUAUUAAAUACAAUAAUGAUAAGAGUCGUGAUUUUACUAAUCCGACGUUAAUGUCGGGUAUUCCUAGUACAAUUGGAUUUGGCAAUAAUUCUGCUGGGCAAUUAAUGUCUCAGCAACAUGCAGCAGCUGCUGCGGCGAUUGUCAAUCAAGGUGCAAUUAGUAACCCACAUCUUGUGAAUCCGGCAACCAAUAUGGGCGUUGGCCCAUCAUCGGCAGCGGCUGCUGCGGUUGCACAAAGUCUUGGUAUGACAGGUCUCCAACCACAGGCAAUGGCCACCCUCUUCCCACACAUAUCCACUCCGGUUCUAAUCGUCGGCGGUCUUCCUCUUUCGGCUUCUCCACAAGACCUCUUUAAUCUUUUCGGUGUUUACGGUGACCCAAUACGUAUUAAAAUCAUGUUUAACAAAAAGGAUACAGCUUUAAUUCAAAUGAAUUUACCACAACAAGCAGAAUUAGCAUUACAAUAUUUAAAUAAUGUACCAUUUAGAGGAAGUAUAUUAAGAGUUAAUCUUUCAAGGCAUGCAUCUAUUUCCAUGCCAAAGUCUGGUGAUGCUCAAAGUGAUUUCACCAAAGAUUAUACUGGCUCUGCUUCUCAUAGAUUUAAACAGCCAGGGUCAAAGAAUUACCAAAACAUCCAUCCACCAUCUAUGUUUUUGCUAUCAUCAUCGUCUUCAUCUAUCUUUAUCUACUAUCAUCGUCGUUUUGUGGAGCUAUAA